AUGAAGUUUCUGUCCUGUAAAGUGCUGAAUACAGAUCUGCGUCACUACCUCAGCCUUCAGUUCCAGAAAGGAUCGUUGGACCACAAGCUGCAGCAGGUGAUCCGGGACAACCUGUACCUCCGCACCAUCCCCUGUACCACUCGUCAGCCCAGGGAGGGGGAGGUUCCUGGAGUGGACUACAACUUCAUCAGUGUGGGGGAGUUCAGGGAGCUGGACGAGAGCGGGCUGCUGCUGGAGAGUGGCACCUAUGACGUGGACGAGCCACAGCCAAGAACAGGAGACGGUCCUGAGCCAAAGCUGGUGCUCAAGAUGGACCGCACACAAGCCAGAGCAGGGGAGGAGGAGGGGGGGGGGGGUCAGCUGGCACCAGGAGGCUGCCCAACAGACACUGCCUGGAGAUACAAACAAGAGGAGGCAAAGGAGGACAGGGGGAAAGGGUUAUGA